AUAACGAAACCAAUAGAAAAGUGUCCUGCGAUGGCGGAGACGGUAGAUUCCAGCUCCAGCAGCGACUCGGAGCCGAAAGGGCCCCCCAGGAAACCCUUUCGCAAGCGACGCUGCCUUACCGGCAACGUCCCCAGCGUUCCGGUCUAUUCAAACAAGGUUCAGAACAGCCUACGAUUGUUGAAAAAUCCUAUGAAGCUUCCUAAUCGAGUUGAAGCGCCUUGUAGUGAGACUGUGGUUCUUAGCUCAUCAGAAGAGGAGAAAGAGCAAACUCUUGUAAAAUGUCAAGAUCUUUCAUUUACACCAUCUUCUUCAACUUCACCUUCCCCUUCCCCUUCACCUCUUCCACUGCAACAAAAGAAGCAUCAUGUGAAAGACCCCAGAAUCUUCAAUCAGAAUUUGAGAAAUGUGUCUACCUCCCUCUCACCUGCCCAGAGCUUUCAAGAGCAAGGGUCAGGAUCUGAUGAUGACGUGAUUCUGGUUGGUGUGUUUAAGCCCCAGGAGCUGAUGCUGAAAGUCCGAUACCGAUUUGAUCUUUACGGAGUCUGCAUUCAAAAGACACAGCCUCUUCAGCAAGUGGUUGAGCACAUGUCACAGAUACUGAAUGUUCCUCCAAACAAAAUCAUCCUCCUCCAUCAAGAUUGUCAACUUGCGACUGAUGCUACUCCUGCUACGUUGGACCUUGGCACUGGUGACAUCAUUGAUUGUAUAGUGGAGACCAGUAGCCAACAGGCUGAUGAUUCUGGAAUCCUGUUGCUUCGAGUACAAGGACAAGACAAAAAUUCUGUGAUGGAGAUUAAAAUCCAGAAGGGGGAGCCCUUAGAAGUCCUUAUGAAUCAAUACAGACAAGACAGAAGCAAACAUAUCUUCUAUUUUGAUGGGCAGCGUUUGGCAGAAACCCUGACCCCUGAACAAUUGGGGAUGGAAUCUGGUGAUAUUAUUGAAGUGUGGAACUAGCAUCCUUGCACCUCCAAAGAAUCCUUGUCUAAAUUUGAUUGUUUUUGGUUUUGCUACCUAUCCACUCUGAAUGAUUUAUCUGUAUCCUAGUUUCCCUGAUUUAAUUUUCACUGUGCCUGAUAUCACAUGGGAAGUGGCAGUUUAAUUUGUGGAGGGAGUAAACAUAGGAUAACUUUCAUUUUGUUCUUUUAUCACCUGUACGCAAAACUUGGAAUAUGUAAUAAAAUUUAAUUUUGUUAACGGCCCUGUUGCUUGCAGACAAACUUUGUAGAGGAAUAAUGAUGGAUAUUAAAAGAACACUAUGUUCUUAAUAAUUCUACUUCAAUAAAUAAUAAUAACACCAUCAAACCACAUCUGCCUAUCCCCGGUUCUUGGGAAGGAUUUGAUAG